AUAGAUUUUAAAAUUAGAAGUGCUUUAAAUUUUAUUUUACAGCAAGUUUUUUGUCAGUGUAUACUAACCUUUAAUGUUAAUGUUGCUAACCUGCCUGUCCUGUAUUUUUGUUAUUUAUGUUGUUGUAUGUAAGCUGCUGAAUACUUGAAUUUCCCUCAGGAUUAAUAAAGCUUCUAUCUAUCUAUCUAUCUAUCUAUCUAUCUAUCUAUCUAUCUAUCUAUCUAUCUAUCUAUCUAUCUAUCUAUCUAUCUAUCUAUCUAUCUAUCUAUCUAUCUAUCUAUCUAUCUAUCUAUCUAUCUAUCUAUCUAUCAUUAUAUUGUAUUUGUUAUAGCAGUAGUAGUGGAAGUAACUAAGUACAUUUACUCACGUACUGGAUUUUGAGUUAUUUGGUUAUUGAAAUAUUUCCAUUUUCUGCUAUUUUAUACCACUACAGCGGCAGUACUUUAUACUCUACUAUAUUUAUUCAAUACUUUUAGUUCCUUCACAGAUUUGGCUUAAUGAUCAUUUUAAUGUUAAUGUGCUUGCCUGGCCCAUGAAUCACCACCAAUGGACUACUGAAGACUGGAAGAAGGUAUUAUGGACUGAUGAAUCAAAAUUUAAAAUCUUUGGUUCAUCAUGCAGGAUGUUUUGUACACCGUCCAGUAGGAGAAAGGAUGGUUCCUCAGUGUGUGACAUCAAUUGUCAAACAUGGAGGAGGAAGAGUGAUGGUCUGGGGCUGUUUUGCUGGAUCCAGGGUCAGUAACUUGUACAGAGCGAGAGGAACCCUGAACCAAAACGGCUACCACAGCAUUCUGCAGCGCCAUGCAGUGCCCUCUGGUAUGUUCCUAGUUGGUCAGGGGUUCAUCCUACAGCAAGAUAAUGACCCAAAACUUAAGUCCAAGCUCUGCCAGAUAAGCUUGAAAACAUGGAGUGGCAGCACAGUCUCCAGAUUUAAACUCCAUGCAGCUGGUUUGGGAUGAACUGGACAGAAGAGUGAAAGCAAAUCAACCUACAAGUGCCACACAUUUAUGGGAACUUCUGCAACAGAGUUAGGAAGAACUUUCUGGAGAAUAUUUGAUUUCCAUUGUGGAAAGAAUGCCACGAGUGUGUUCAGCUGUUAUAUCUGCCAAAGGUGGCUGCUUUGAUGAGCCAAAAUUUUAGAAUACAUUUUGGUUUCUAAAUAGAUUUUUUUAAACUUCAUUUGUUUAUUACAAUGAGACAUUAAUAUGCAUAAUUUCUAGUUAAAAAAACUGAAAAAUUGGGGUGUUCUAAAACUUUUGACCGGUAGUAUACAUACAUAAAUACAUACCUACAUAUGUAUACAAAAAGUGCCAUUCAAUAGUAGAACAAUUAAAUAGGAUAACAAUAUUUUUAAAAAAGAAAGAAUACAUACACAAACAGAAACAAUAUAUUCUUUCUUCCUCUUUGACAACCUCUGAAUCUGUAAACAUGUAAAUAUUUUUGAUUCAAAGAGCUUUAUUGCUUCAGCACUAUGUCUGCUUUUCAAUAAUAAUCACUCAGUGAAACUUUAUUUAUCUACAGUGAGGCAGUUGGUUAUGCAAAAGUGAGAUGUAUACAACACUAAAAGCAUAAAUACACAAUGAAACAAUCAGCUAAAUAGAGAAUCUAAACAAUAUGCAAAUAACUAACAUUUGCACUCAGACUUUAGGAGGGAGACACAGAGGCUAUAAAUCUACUGGUUUUUGCUAGUAGACGUCUGGUAUUCCUUUUCUGUGUCAAGAAAAAGUCUAUUCUCAGUGUACAAUGCUUUUUCCAAGUUUGUCCAAACUGUACCUGGACCAUGACUGGCUUCCAGACUAAGCGUGACUCUACAUAACCAUCCUGUAUGUAAAUGUGCUAAGGGCAGAUUUAGGGUGAGGACAGAAGAACCAGUUUCUCAGAUGAAAGAGUGUCAGUGUCUAACUCUGUACAAAUGUCAUUCUGAAGCCUAAAGCUGAAGUAAAGUAAGAACACAGCACAUUUUUGACUAGAGAAGGACUUUAAGGUGUGGUAGGUAGUUACAGCAGGCCAACCUCAUCAAAUUUAGUUGUAAGAUCUGUGCUUUCAUGGAGCAAAUGCUGACAUUUCCAAAACAUGGACACUGAGUGCACUUUAAUGUAAAGAAGCUUUGAGCCUACAUAUUAAGAAAAAACGGCAUUGUUUUGUCCUAACAAUGAACCACAGAAAAUGAUACAUGUCUAAUACAUCUUUUGAUCAUACAUACAUUUCAGCCCAUUAUGUUUAUUAACACCAAUUUUGUGUUGAAUAACAAACUUUUAAAAUGUAAUGAAGUAUUUAAUAAUCAAUCGUACGUUUUUUUAUUAUUAAAUAUUAUCAUCAUUUUUUUUAUAUCAGUGUUUGAGUACAAACUGCUGCGAUUUAACAUUUGUUGUUAGAAAAAAAAUACGCAUUUCAAAUGUCUUCCAAAGGCUGCCGUAGUGUGAGCGCGCUGAAGGGUCUGUUGCUAUGCAACCAGAGCCCGUCGCCUCUGUGUGUCACGAUGGCUGAAAGAAGUUUGGAUAAAAAGGCUCAGUCUGUCGUUUCGCCGACAAAGAGAUGCUCGGCCUCCACCAAGAAGGCUGAAAGGUCCAGGAGGGUUGAAUCAAGGCCGCAGGCAAAAUCUGUCUCUGGUCCAACAAAGAAACACACAGAUGACCUUUUCGCUAAAGAACAACAAUAUAAACUCCUAAAUGCACAGCUGGAAGCCAAAACAGCAGAAAUCGUGAGACAGGCAGAGCAGCUCAUGAAAGAACAGACUGAAGUUCUGUCCAAGCCCUUAUCCAACAUCCUGCUCACAGAUACUGAAGUUGAAGAAGAUUCUAGGUUAAUGAAGCCUCAACAGUGCACUGAACAGCAGCUUGGUGUGAAGAUGGUGACGAAAAAAAAGGCCACAUCAACAAAACAAGAGGAGCCUCAGCAGAAAUCAGCUACCUCUAAGGUGUCACACGUGGAGGAUUCUGCAGCUGUUGAACAUUCGGAUGAUUAUUUCUUGGCAAAGACGAUUCAAAACAUGGAAGAAAAGAUGACAGACGUUGUUCAUGAAAAUGCCGUGGAUGAUGUAACCAACACUGGAGCCAACGUAGGAUCAGUCGUUUCAGAUGCUCAAAUGCGGGUCCUCAAGGCAAAACUACGUAUUAUGCAAGAGGAGCUGGAUGAGCUGUCCAGUGAAUAUUAUAAGAGGGAUGAUGAAAACUCUAAGCUUAGUGCAAAAAUUAAGGAGCUUGAGGAGGAUCGAGCCAGACUGCAGAAGACCACAAACAUCCAGCAAACACAGAUUGAGAAGCACAGAGCUUUAGCGGAGGAGUCGGCCAAAAAAUGUGACGGCCUUCAGCUGCAAGUGUCUGGUUUGCACAAGGAAAUAGAAAAUCUGAACAGAUCCCACAAACAAGCAGCGGCUGUUCACAGCACUGUGGAGGUUCGUUUGAACAGAGCUCUGGAGGAGGUGGAGAGGUUAAAGACUCAACUGAACAAGAUGGAACAAGCAAACAAGGACAAGAUAAAUGAGGAACAUCAAAGUAAAGAAAACCUACUUGCUGAAAACAAAAUGCUGAAAAAACAAAAAGCUGAACUCAUCGUAGGGUUCAAGAAGCAGCUCAAGCUGAUCGACAUUCUCAAGAGACAGAAGAUGCAUUUUGAAGCUGCCAAGCUGCUGUCCUUCACAGAAGAAGAGUUCAUGAAAGCUCUGGACUGGGGGAAGGCAUAAACGAUCAGUCCACAUUUCAUUUUUAUGAAGCAAAGCAAGUUAAUUAAAGGGAAGUAUCCGAGGAGUUUUGUUGCGUGACGUUGUAGCAGUCGCUGCCUCUCUUCUUCAAUUAUCUUCCUGCGCAGCGCCUCCCUCUCCUGCUCAAUGGCUCUUUCUUUCGCCUCCAGUUCCUUGAAGAGGGUUAUGAAAAUGUUAUGAACAAAGCAAGGUAUUAAAAACUGACAACAGAAGGACAAUGUAUUAUGUUUCUUUUGUCAAAUAUUUUGCUUUCUGUGAUAAAAUAAACAUUCUCUAAAACUAAUACAAA